AUGAAUUCAACAUCAACACAGGUUUAUCUUAAUUCGUCAGUGUUGCAGCAAUUGAAUGCUACCAUUCAAGCUUACUUGACAGAUUUGGUAAGUACUGGUCAAACUUUCAAUUCUUCGCAAAUCGUCAGUGAGAAUGUUCGUUUCACUUCUGGAACUCUCGUUGUUGGUUUAAUCUCGAUUUAUUUCAUUUAUCAAUGGGUGUUCAGUAAGAGCAAACUGCCAUCUGCGGUCCAGUUCAAACUAUAUAUCCCUGAUGCAGCUCACAAACAUUGGAAGGGUAAGCGGAUGUUUCCUUGCUCUGUUUAUAACCCAGAGCAACCCCAUAUGAUCCAAUCUUAUUGUCCAGCGACAGGCCAAUUCCUAGGUUCAUUUAAGUCUAUGUCUGAUACUGAUAUCGAUGAAAUCGUUCUAUUGGCAGAAAGAGCACAAUUACAAUGGGCCAAGACUUCAUUAAAGGAAAGGCUGCAAGUUCUAUUAUCUUUGAAAAAUUUCAUCUUGGAGAAUCAAGAAGCCAUUGCUCGCGUCGCAUGUAGGGACUCAGGGAAAACCAUGUUAGAUGCUUCAAUGGGUGAGAUUCUGGUUACAUUAGAAAAGAUUCAGUGGAUUAUUGAACAUGGAGAAGAUGUUUUGAAGCCAAGCGCCCGCCCUGGACCCACUAACUUCUUCAUGAAAUGGUACAAAGGUGCAGAGGUCCGUUACGAGCCAUUGGGUGUUGUUGGGGCGAUUGUUUCUUGGAAUUAUCCUUUCCACAACUUAUUAGGGCCUAUAGUUGCUUCGAUAUUCACUGGUAAUGCCGUUGUUGUAAAAUGUUCUGAACAAGUCGUAUGGUCCAGUAAGUUUUUCACUCUUUUAGUACAGGAAGCAUUAAAAGCUUGUGGUCAUGACCCCAACCUCGUUCAAUUAUGUUAUUGUCUCCCACCAACAGGAAACGACGAUGCAGCAAAUUAUUUCACUUCACACCCUGUCUUCAAGCAUUUGACGUUCAUUGGUAGUAAACCUGUCGCACAUCACGUUUUGAAGGCUGCUGCAGAUUCUUUAACCCCAGUUGUUGUUGAAUUGGGUGGUAAAGAUGCUUUCAUUGUUUUGGAUUCCGUAAAGGACUUACAAGCUCUCUCUUCGAUUAUUAUGCGUGGUACUUUCCAAUCGGCUGGUCAAAAUUGUAUCGGUAUCGAGAGAGUUAUAGUUUCUGCCAAGAAUUAUGAUGCAUUAGUCUCUAUUCUCAACGAUAGAGUAGGGCAAUUGAGGUUGGGAUCUGAUAUUGAUAAUUUAGAAGAUGUCGAUAUGGGUGCAAUGAUUUCCGACAAUAGAUUUGGUCAAUUAGAAAAUCUAAUAUCUGAUGCGUUGUCAAAAGGUGCCAAGUUAUUGCAUGGGGGUUCUCGUUACAAUCAUCCAAACUAUCCUCAAGGUCACUUUUUCCAACCCACGCUUUUGGUGGAUGUUACUGAAGAUAUGCAGAUCUCGCACAAUGAAGUAUUCGGACCAAUUCUAACUGUUAUGAGAGCCAAAGACACCGACGACUGUAUCAGAUUGGCAAAUGCAGCACCUUUCGGUCUUGGAGGUUCUAUUUUCGGUGCUGAUUUCGGUGAAUGUAACAGAGUCGCAAACUCUUUAACGACUGGUAAUGUUGCCAUCAACGACUUCGCUACAUUUUAUGUUUGUCAAUUACCAUUCGGUGGGUUGAAUGGCUCUGGAUACGGUAAAUUCGGUGGUGAAGAAGGUCUACUGGGUCUAUGCAACGCAAAAAGUGUCUGCUUCGACACAUUACCUUUCAUCUCUACGCAAAUCCCAAAACCACUUGACUAUCCAAUUAAAAGCAACAGCAAGGCCUGGGAAUUUGUGAAGGCAUUUAUCACCGGCGCGUACGCUGUAUCUACUUGGCAACGGAUAAAAUCCUUAGUCUCUUUAGCAAAAAAUGCGAACUGA